AUGAUAAAAUACCUGAAGAUUGUGAUCUUUGUGCUGAUUUUUACAGUUGUCGGUUUUGUCUACCGAAUGGUCUUAAAGGAAACAAGCAAAAGCUAUAUCUCUUUCCUAUCACAAAAAGAGAUCUUUAAGACUUUAAAGUCAAAACUGAUAUCAUUUAAGGAAGAUGGUAGAACAUCUUGGAACAAUAGUGAUGAUUUGUUUAAUAUGACCACAGACGCAGCAUCAGCAAUGGAAUCCAUGACAACAACAACAUCAUCAUCAUCAUUAUCGUCAUCAUUAUCAUCUACAUCAUCAUCACCAAGAACAGCAACACCACUAUCAAGUGCUUCCUCGGGUCAUUUAAACCCAUCGGAUAUUUUAAGAGUAGGCAACUGUAUCAUAUUUGUGGAGACCACAGACAGGAUGCAACCACCUUCAUUGGUGUUAUGUGCCAUUGAAUCAGCAGCCCGAGUAUACAAGGACAGACCGGUGGUCUACUUCAUGAAAGGACUAACCGAGGCAAACUCAGAUGCAGUCAAAAACAAAUACUUCCCGAACUUCAUACCUUUUAACAAUGUUUACUUCUUCCCUCUGAGAAUGGAGGAAGUAUUUGCAGAAACAGCACUUCUUUCCUGGUAUAAAAAGGUUGACCCAUCGCGGGAAGUAUAUUGGACUCAUGUUAGUGCUGAUGGAUGCAGACUGGCUCUGAUCUGGAGGUAUGGUGGCAUCUAUAUGGAUUCUGACAUUAUCUCAAUGCGGCAGAUACCAAAUCAUAAUUUUCUGGCUGCAGAAUCCAAUCGGGUUUCCAGUAAUGGUGUUAUUGGGUUCUCUUCCCAUCAUGACUUUACAUGGAAGAGCAUGGAAGAUUUUGUUCGCAAUUAUCAAGGUGCAGUAUGGGGAUUUCAAGGGCCCUCACUCUUUACACGUAUUUUAAAGACAUUCUGUAGCAUCCCUGCAUUUACUGCUGUGAAGGAUGUUAGAUGCGGAAACAUUACAUUUUUGCACCCUCAACGUUUCUAUCCUAUUCCCUACCCAGCGUGGAGACGAUACUAUGAGGUCUGGGCUAAAGAGCCGACCUUUGAUAAUUCCUAUGCUUUGCAUCUCUGGAAUUACAUGAAUCGUAAUGAGCGUAGGGAUAUGGUACCUGGGAGCAAUUCAUUGGUGGAACAUAUCUAUCAGAAGUAUUGUCCUUCCACAUAUAGUGAUUUGGCUGAAAAUAAGACUACAUCUUAA